AUGUGGGUCAUUAUAAGCACUGUAGCCACCAGCAAAUCCACUAAUGUUGGACUUGUAUAUUCUCUGAUAUACUGUAAAACAAGACAGUUUAUAUACUACCAUGGAAUGAUAUUUCGAAGUGCCAUGUUUACUCAAGGUUUCCUCUUUUUGUUCCUCAUGAUUUGGACUAGUUUCUACAUGGUGACUAUUCUCUUAAGGCAUCAAAAGACAGUCUUUCAUAUUCACAGUACCAGUCUCUCUCCACAAUCUUUUCCUGAAACAGAAGCCAGUCAUGUUUUCUUCUGGCUGGUGAGCUGCUUUGUUUUCUUUUAUGGGACUAACGUGUGUCUUUCCACUUAUAUUAGCUCCAUGUAUGAGAACAGCCUAAUCCUGGAGAACAUUACUAGUUUUGUUUCAUCUUCCUACCCAAUUAUCUGCACUUUGAUGUUGAUUAAUUAUGAUAAUAAAGUUUCCAGAUUAACCUGUGCCAUUUUAAAUAUGAUUAUUUCCCCCUGCUUACCACACAGCUUUCUAUUUCAUCAAAGAAACCCUGAUAAAAAUUAUUUUAACCACAAGAGAAUGUGUUUUUAA